AUGACGCAAGCACCGAUGAUUUCGGUGCCUCUCAAGGCCACAAACGAGAUAGAUUGGAUUACACCGCUGAAAUCAUACAUCCAAAAUACCUACGGCGACGAUCCCGAGCGAUAUGCGGAGGAAUGCGCCACCCUCAACCGGCUUCGGCAAGAUAUGCGGGGGGCUGGGAAGGACAGCACAGCUGGGAGGGACCUGCUAUACCGAUACUAUGGCCAGCUUGAAUUGUUGGACUUGCGGUUUCCAGUUGACGAGCAACAUAUCAGGGUAUCCUUCACAUGGUUCGAUGCCUUCACCCAUAAAGCUACGGCGCAGUACUCGCUGGCCUUCGAGAAGGCCUCGAUCAUUUUCAACAUCUCCGCCGUUCUGUCUUGCCAUGCUGCCAACCAAACACGAACCGAAGAAUCGGGCCUCAAACAGGCAUACCACUCCUUCCAGGCCUCAGCCGGCAUGUUCACCUACAUCAACGAAAACUUCCUCCACGCGCCGUCCUCUGAUCUGAGCCGCGACACAGUCAAGGCGCUUAUAAACGUCAUGCUGGCACAAGCUCAGGAAGUCUUCCUCGAAAAGCAGAUUGCCGACCAAAAGAAAAUCGGGCUCCUCGCAAAACUCUCGAGUCAGGCGGCCACGCUCUACGGUCAGGCGCUUGAGGGCGUGCAGGAGAACGUGAAUAAGGCGAUAUUUGAAAAGGUCUGGCUGCUUAUGGUGCAGUCCAAGUUCAGCUUGACGAGUUCCAUUGCCCAAUACUACCAGGCACUUGCCGACGACGACGCCAACUCCCACGGCAUGGCCGUUGCCCGCCUCCAGGUGGCCGAGACUCAUGCCCGAGAAGCCAACAAAAUAGCUAGCAAUUUCCCCAGCACCGUACCCCCGAGUUCCAAUCUGGCCGCAGACACGGGAGUUACACUAGCUGAAAUCACCAAAAGGCAUCUAGCCGCGGUUCAGCAGAAACUCAGGGAGCUGUCGAAGGACAAUGACUUCAUCUACCAUGAGAAUGUGCCCGAUGCGGCUGGAGUGCCGGCCGUUGCGAAACUGCCCGCCGCGAAACCGAUCCCGGUCAGCGAACUCUACGCCGGCCAGGAUAUCCAGCGGAUCACCGGCCCCGACCUUUUUGCGAAGAUUGUUCCCCUCGCCGUUACUGAAUCAGCCAGUUUGUACGAUGAGGAAAAGGCCAAGUUAGUGAGAGCGGAGACGGAGCGGGUGGACACUGCCAACAGCGAAAUGGCUGCGAGCUUGGACUACUUGAGAUUACCAGGUGCCCUUCAGGUGUUGAAGGGUGGGUUUGAUCAGGAAAUUGUGCCUGACGAAGAUUUCCGGACGUGGUGUGUCGAUGUUGCCGACCACGAAGACCCUUCCGGGAUUUUUGACGGGUUGCAUGCACAGAAGCAGUCGAUCCUCACAUCUCUAGAAAGGAGUAGCAAACAGCUCGACAUGGAGGAAAGCGUGUGCGAGAAGAUGAGGUCAAAAUACGAAUCAGAGUGGACUCAACAGCCCAGCUCACGACUCACAACGACGCUAAGGGGGGAUAUUCGAAACUACCGGGAAGCGCUAGACGAAGCUGGGAGGAGCGACGGUCAGCUGGCUACCAAACUGCGGCAGAACGAGAACGAAUUCCACGAGAUGAGGUCGGCUGCGCAAAAUGGAGAGGUUGAUUCGUUAUUCCAACGAGCCGUGAAGAGAGUACGCAAAUCGAGCAAUGUCAACAGCCCGUCCUCGGAGCCCAAUCUUCUUGACGCCGACUUCGAUGACGGAGGCCCGAGUGUCGUGGACCAGAUCGCGAAGGUGGAGGAUAUUUUGAAGAGGUUGAACUUGAUCAAAAGGGAGCGCAUCCAAGUGCUGAAGGAUCUCAAAGAGAAGGCACACAACGACGAUAUUUCGCAAAUUCUGAUCCUGAACAAGAAGUCGAUCGCCAACUACGAGCAGCAGCUAUUCCAACAAGAGUUAGAAAAGUAUCGGCCGUACCAGAACCGCCUGGUCCAAGCAACACACAAGCAAGCGGCCUUGAUGCGGGAGCUAACCGUCGCAUUCAAUGGGUUACUGCAAGACAAGCGUGUCCGUGCCGAACAAAGCAAAUACGAGUCAUUCCAGCGGCAAAGGGGAGCCGUUAUCGGGAGAUACAAACGGGCGUACCAAGAAUUUCUGGAUCUUGAAGCCGGCCUACAGAGCGCAAAGACGUGGUACAAGGAGAUGAAGGAAACGGUUGAAAGCUUGGAAAAGAAUGUUGACACCUUUGUCAAUAAUCGCCGGGCCGAAGGCGCCCAGCUCCUUAACCAGAUCGAACAGGACAGAGCGGCAAACAAGGGCGCGCAGGCCGCCCUGGAGCAGGAACGGAUACGGGGUUUAAUGGAAAGGAUGUCGAUGGAGCCGCCGCCAACAUCGCCUCAGCCAACCUCGUCGCGGCCGACACCUGCCCCCCUCACAUUUAGCACUGGGCCGUCGUACCCCAAGACCAACUUCUCCGGCCAAUAUCAACUCCCCAGCUCCCCUCCACCGAACCAAACGACGGCUCCACAGUCCUACAUGCAACAGCCGUACAACCCAAGCUCCCACGGCCGCAUUCCCGGCCCGGCAUCACCACCUCCAACCCAAUCCACCUUCAACAUCGGCCCCAUACACGGCGGUCCCGCAUCCCCGCCUCCUACUCAAGUAUCUUUCUCCCAACCCUCAAGGUUCAGCACCUACGGUAACCCAUCCGCUCUGCAGCCUCAACAACCACAGCAGCCACAGCAACACCAACAGCAACACCAACAGCAACACCAACCGCCGACACAACAGCAGCAGCAGCACGCGAGUUACAUUCCACCCAACUUUGUCCCGCCACCGCCACCACCGGGGCCCCCGCCACUCGGCCCGCAACAGACGAUCCAUUACGGCUCGGGGCAUUAUUCGAGUGAUCCAAACGUUGGGCGACCGGGCUCAGCGCAGCAGCAGGGAUAUGGGCCCCCGGGGCAGGGAGGACAGGGGGCACAAGGGCAGGACCCGUGGGCGGGUUUAAGUGCGUGGAAGUAG